AUGCAGAGCCGCGGGGCUGCCUUGGUAGCGUUGCUGCUGACGGCGAUCAGCCUGACCCGCGGAGACCCCCGGCCCCUCGGUCCCCCGCAGCCGUGCGGGCUGGAGGCUCCGAGCCGCCGGGCGGCCCCCCCGCACCAUCCUUACGGGCUGUACCCGGGCCGAGCGGCGCAGGGGGGACUCGGAGCCGCAGUCCCCCCGGAUUCCGGGAGGCAGCGGGGUCGGAGGCCGAGGGCAGCCGGGGGAGGCGGCGAGGAGCCGCGGGGCGAGGCUGAGGGCAGGCUGCGGGGCCGGGCGGCGCGGGUGCCGAGCCCCCCCCGGGGCCGGCCGCUCCCCGCCCUGUACUUCGCCGGCGGCCGGGAGACGCUGGCGGCGCGGCCGGAGGCGCUGCCUCACAUCCCGCGGGAGCGUUUCACCCUGGAGCUGUGGGUGAAGGCGGAGGGCGGACAGAGCAACCCGGCCGUCAUCGCAGGCGUCUUCGACAACUGCUCACACACGGCCAGCAGUAAGGGCUGGGCUUUGGGUAUCCGUGCCCUGCGCCUGGGCGGCAAGCAGGACGCCCGCUUCUUCUUCUCCCUGCGCACGGACCGAGCGGCCGCUGCCACCGAAGUGACGGGGUCCCACCGCUACCAACCGGACACUUGGACCCACCUGAGCGCCAGCUAUGACGGGCGCUGGAUGGCCCUCUAUGUGGACGGGGUGCAGGUGGGCCGCGCUGAUGGGCAGGGAGGGCCCCUGCACAGCGCCUUCAUGGCCUCCUGCCGCACCCUGCUGCUGGGAGGGGACGCCUGGGGGGACGCUCAUGCUUUUCGGGGACACGUGGCCGGGCUGGCCUUGUGGCAGGACGCGCUGCCCCAAGCGCAGCUUCAGCGAUCUUUCCUCGAAGGGGUGCCCAGUGGCUCCCCAGUGCUGGCCACCGGCUUGGAUGCCUUGGAGCAACAGUGGGUGCCGUUCCGCGAAGCCUCGCUCCCCCGGCGCCGGGUCCUGCCUCCCGCCGUACCCCCCAUCCUCCAUCCAUUCGGUCCUCCAGCCUGCGGGCAGACAGCGUGCGACAACGUGGAGCUGGUCUCCCACUACAACCGGCAUUGGCCGCUGCGCGGUGCCAAGGUGGUGCGGUACCGCGUGGUCAGCCUGGCCGAGGACAGCGGUGGGCGGCCGACGGUGAGCCGUGAGCAGGUGUGGCGGCAGCACCGGGCGCUGAGCGAAGCCUUCCGCCCCUACAACAUCUCGUGGCAGCUCAGCCUGCUGGAGGUGCGCAACUCGUCCUUGCGCCGCCGUGCCGUUCUGCUGGGCUGUGAGCCCAGUAAGGUGGGCAACGAGCGCUGCGACCCCGAGUGUGAGCACCCGCUGACCGGCUAUGAUGGCGGGGACUGCCGCCGACCCGGGCGCUGCUUCUCCUGGAAGCGCCGCGAUGGUGUUUGCCACAUGGAGUGCAACAACAUGUUGGAUGACUUCGAUGAUGGCGACUGCUGUGACCCACGGGCUACCGAUGUCACCAGGACCUGCUUCGACCCUGACUCGCCAUACAGGGCAUACAUGAGCGUGAAGGAGCUGAAGGAGGCACUGCAGCUGAACAGCACCCACUUCCUGAACGUUUACUUUGCCAGCUCAGUGAGGGAAGAGCUGGCUGGUGCUGCCACUUGGCCAUGGGAUAAAGAGGCCCUUAGUCACCUGGGUGGAGUUGUCCUCAACCCUGCGUAUUACGGCGUGCCUGGCCACACGAACACCAUGAUCCACGAGGUGGGGCACGUCCUGGGGCUGUACCACGUCUUCAAGGGAGUGAGCGAGCGGGAAUCUUGUGAUGAUCCCUGCAGGGAGACAACUCCAUCUAUGGAGACAGGAGACCUCUGUGCUGACACCGCCCCAGCCCCAAAGAGCAAGCUCUGCCGGGACCCAGACCCUACCAACGACACCUGUGGCCAGGUGUAUUUCACGGGAACACCCUUCAACAACUACAUGAGUUACACAGACGAUGACUGCACCAACACCUUCACCCCCAACCAAGUGGCCCGGAUGCACUGCUACCUGGAUCUGGUGUACCAGCGCUGGAGCCAGGGCAAGAAGCCCACGCCCAUCCCCAUCCCACCCAUGGUCACGGGGCAGACGCAGGAUUCCCUCAGCAUCUACUGGCUGCCCCCCAUCAGCGGUGUGAUCAACGAGAGGGAACUGGACCCGCUCUGCGAUGACUGUGCUGAGGAUGGCACUUUUCGGCAAUACGUGCACGAGGCCUCAUCCCCUCGGGUCUGUGACUCCUCUGGCUACUGGACCCCAGAAGAAGCAGAAGGCCCCCCGGAUGUGGACCAGCCCUGUGAGCCCAGCCUGCAGGCCUGGAGCCCGGAGCUCCACCUCUAUCACAUGAACAUGACGGUGCCCUGUCCCCAGCCGGAUGGCUGCAUCCUGGAGCUGCGCUUCCUGCACCCAGUCUACCCCGACUCCCUCACUCUCUGGACCACGUACCUCUCCACAGAUGCUCCCAAGGCACUGGCUGAUAUUGAAAUCCUGAUGGAGCAAGGGGAGUCCAUCCAUUUGGGCCCUCUGGACACUUACUGUGACGUUCCCUUUACCGUGAAGCUCAACAUCCACAAAAAGGUGUCCGGGGUCAAAAUCUACACCUUUGACGAGAGGAUGGAGAUAGACACGGCCCUGCUGACCUCCCUCCCUCACAGCUCCCUCUGCUCCUCCUGUAAGCUCAUCCAAUACCGCAUCCUCCGGGAUCCCCCCUUUGCCAAUGGUUCCCCUGCCACCUCUGUGCAGGUGCACCGCGAGUUUGUCGACACGGAAGUCACACCUGGGCAAGUGUACCGCUAUCAGGUGCAGGCAGUAUCUGGGACAACCUUGGGAGAAGCAUCCCCACCACUCGUACAUGUCCAUGGAGCACCCUACUGUGGGGAUGGGAAGGUGACUGUGAGCCUGGAAGAAGAAUGCGAUGAUGGGGACUUCCUGGACGGAGACGGCUGUUCCAGGAAGUGUAAAAAGGAAAAAGGUUUCAACUGUGUUGGGGAGCCAAGCCUGUGCUAUGUGCAUGAUGGAGACGGUGUGUGUGAGCCCUUCGAGAAAACCACCAGUGUCAUGGAUUGUAGUCCCUACACGCCAGAUGGAUACAUGGACCUGUGGGCAGCAAAAGCUUUUGCCUCCCAUCAGGAUGAGAAGUCCUGCCCUGUUUCCUUGGUCACCGGAGAGCCUGUUGCAAAGGAGUGGGGGCUGCCUGGGUCUUGGUUAUGUGCUGCCCACCUCUCUCGUGGGAUCACAAAAGUUACAUUAGGUGUCCUCGCUCUCAGGGUCUCCUUUGCUCUCCUUGCCCAGGUGUGCUUCGAGAGACCCGUGGUGCCAACCUCCAUCCUACUCUUCCUGGCCUCUGAUGGCACCAUCCCAAGCAACCAGCACAAACCGCGGGUGACCGUCCAGCUGGGUGAUGUGGAUGGGCUGAACCACUCUUUGGGGACACAUGAGCUGUCAUGCCAGCAAAACCCACUCAUCAUUAGCAUGACCCACGGGCAGGAGCCAUCAUCCCUCUGGGCUGGAUCAGUGCUUCUCAACUUCUCCUCACCGCUUGUGGGCAUUGCAGCUGUGGCCCUACGGACACUGGCUGUGCCCAGCCCCUCCGAGCCCCCCAUCUGCCUGCUGCAGCACAAGGAAAGACAUGGCCAGCAGCACUACAGCUGUGCCCAUGGUGCCUGCACAGGGCUGGGAAGCUGCACGCAGCCGCUUCUCGCUCACGUCGCCAGCCUGAACUGCUCCUCGGAUGGCCCAAGGCACAUGGAGUGCUCUGUCACUUGUGAGCAGGGCUUCGUGCCACGCUUUGGCAGCAGGAAGAGCCUGGGCUACGUGCAGCAGGAGGUGGUGCUGACAUGCAAUUCGGGGCGGUGGGACCAAUCUGUGACUUGUGACCCUGUUGACUGUGGUGUCCCUGACCAGUCGCACGUCUACUAUGCGGAGUUCUCCUGCCCCAAGGGGACCACCUACCUGAAGAGAUGCUCCUUCUCCUGCAUCCACCCUGCCAAACUUCGAGGGACGAACCAAUGGCUGACGUGCCUGGAGGAUGGGCUCUGGUCGCUCCCCGAGGCCUAUUGCAAGCUGGAGUGUGAUGCUCCUCCUGCUGUGCCCAACGCCAGGCUCCUGGUCCCACGCUGCAUGCAGGGCAACCACGACGUGGGCUCUGUCUGCCGCUACAAGUGCAAGCCUGGGUACCACGUGGCAGAGAACACAGUGGGCAAACCUAAGAAGAAAUUCCUAAAGGUGCAGUGCCUGGAGAGCGGGCAGUGGGAAGAGGGACGCUGCGUCCCUGUGGUGUGCGAGCCACCCCCACCAGUAUUUGAGGGCAUGUACAACUGCACCCAGGGCUUUGAGCUGGACAGCCAGUGUGUCCUGAGCUGUGAGCCACCAGGAUCACGGGUCCCUAUUGUCUGCACCAAGGAGGGCACGUGGACAGAGGAGUUCAAGCUGUGCAAGAGCCUGCAGGGCACCUGCCCACCACCCCCAGAGCUCAACCUCGUGGAGUACAAGUGUGAGCAGGGGCACGGCAUAGGUGCUGUGUGUGUGCCUUCCUGCAUUAUCCCCCCCAGCGAUCCAGUCAUACUGCCUGAAAACGUUACUGCUGAGACUAUGGAUCACCGCCUGCAACCCACCAGAGUCCAGCACAUCGUAUGCACGGGCAGGCUGCAAUGGUACCCAGACCCCUCUGCCAUCCACUGCAUCCAGUCAUGUGAGCCCUUCCUAGCAGAUGGCUGGUGUGACACCAUCAACAACCGGGCAUAUUGCCAGUAUGAUGGAGGUGACUGCUGCUCCUCCACGCUGUCCUCCAGGAAGGUGAUCCCAUUCGCUGCUGACUGUGACCAGGACGAGUGUACGUGCCGCGACCCGGCGGCUGAGGAGAACCAGUAGUGGUGGCAUGGAGGGCCUCUAUCAGUCAGGCGAGCGCCGGAGGAGCGAAGGGAUACCAAAGGAGGCGGCAGGGUGCCGGGGCAGGAGGCACAUGGAUGAGCCAGACAGGAGGAUGGCAGCGGAGGCCGCCGAGUAGGUGGUGGCUGUGGAAAAGGAGGCCAGGUGGUCCCAUCCCCAUCCCCAUAGGCUCCUGCCAGGGACUUCGGGUCCAGCCCAAGGGGCUCCGCGUGGGGUCCGGCACCGGGAGCUUGGAUGCGGCUGCAGACACGUGUCCUGGUGCAGCGUUUUUGCUCUGAAUUUUGU